GCCUCUCGCCUCGAUCCCACUCACAAACUGCACUUUGAUAUUUUCUUGGGCUCUGGCCUGGAUCUGUCUCCAACCAACAAUUCACCCUCCCUCCCCUCUCUCUUGAAGUUGGUCGCACACCAGCUCAUUUCAUUCGGCUCAUCUUCUUAUCCUUGUUUCCUUUCGAACAGCAUCUUUCCAUCUUCACAAUGGCCGACGACGCGCAGCAUGAGCACACCUUCGAGUCCGCCGAUGCCGGUGCCUCGGCCACCUACCCUAUGCAAUGUUCCGCCUUGAGAAAGAACGGUUUCGUUGUCAUCAAGGGUCGCCCAUGCAAGAUUGUCGACAUGUCCACUUCCAAGACUGGCAAGCACGGUCACGCGAAGGUCCAUUUGGUUGCUCUCGACAUCUUUACUGGCAAGAAGUUGGAAGAUCUCUCCCCAUCCACCCACAACAUGGAGGUUCCUAACGUCGUUCGUCGUGAAUACCAAUUGCUCGAUAUCACCGAUGAUGGUUUCUUGUCCCUCAUGUCUGAUGAUGGUACCACCAAGGAUGACGUCAAGAUGCCAGAAGGUGAAGUCGGUGACAAGAUUGAGAAACUCUUCCGUACCGAAGAGAAGGACACCAAUGUUAUCGUGUUGACUGCUAUGGGCGAAGAGCUCGCCAUGGAUGCUAAGGAAGCUCCCAAAUAAAUUGGUUGAAGCCGACGGCAAUCCUGCGACUCGUUCCCCACGCCAACCACGCACGACGAGAGACACUUAUGAGAACACGAUCGGUACCAGGACAAUUCUCUACUGUGGACAUCUAGCCGGCAAGUCCCUCCCGAAUUUGCAAAGAGCUAGGACCUAGAUCUGCGACUUUGCCUGCAAAAGCAAUUUCCGAUCAGUGACGAAUCCAUUAGCCCUCAGCAUUGCGUUUUUGAUCCUUGGUAGUUAGACAAAUUCAAGCAAUUACCAACAUAUAGUUUGUCGUAUCUCUCCAUUUCUUAUAAAA